AUGUUGUCCCCCGAAGAUGUCGACAUAUAUCCUCUACAUGAGUUCGAUAGGGCCAAGGAUGUGGAAGCCAUGCAUAUGGCAUGGGUGUUUGGUGUUAAUGACUGUCUAGACCCUGAAAUUCUCCGGACAUCUCUUUCGCGACUCCUCCAAAUAGGAGAUUGGAGAAAGUUUGCCGGCCGAUUCAAGCGCAACAAAGAUGGAAAACUUGAGCUCCACACGCCGCGCAGCUUCCUGGGAGGCUACUCAAUUAUCGGCUAUAGUCACCGAGACUUGUCAGAUCAAAAAGAAUCAGAUCAUGAACUAGUCAGCCAAAUGUCGACUGGACAAAAUUUAAUCUCAUUGCAUGCGCAUCGACCUAGUUAUCUAGAAUUCCAAUGUCACAGCGACACGUUGGCGAACGGCACUAUAACAACAUGGAUCCAAGAACAGCUUCCGCCAUUAGCGCUACAUAUAACGACGUUUAAGGGCACUACCAUCGUAUCCCUUCUCUGGAGACACAUUAUUGCUGAUGGAGGCGGCAUGGCAGACCUAAUGCACGCGUGGUCACUUGUCCUUGCUGGCCGGGAAGAUGAUGUGCCACCCCUCCUGGGUACCACGGAGAAUAUCGUUUGGCAAAUCGGAGAGAAGGCUAAUGAGAAAGGCAAAGAAGAGUGGUGUAUGAAAGGGAAGAGCCUAGGGCUAUGGGCAAUGUGUAGGAUGUUCUUGAGAGUAUUCCUGUGGCGCCGCUUCACUGUCCAGAAGUUUGAAGCGCGAUGCAUAUCUGUACCCGGCAGGUUCGUUGAGCAACUCAAGGAGCGUGCUUCAAUGCAAUUGGAGGUUAAGGGAAUACAAAGUCUGCCCUUCAUUCUCAGUAACUCUCUUAUACUUCGUGCCUGGUUCCUCCGGAAGGCAUUAGAAGCUGAGCCAGGAGUUUCCAACGUGUUGCUAGCCAUGCCCGUCAACCCAAGGUUGCGCUUGUCCGAACUGCAGCAAAAGAAGGGCGUCUAUGUUCAAAAUAUGCUCUCCUGGGUAUUCAUGUCGUUAUCUGUUGAAACUAUCCGGGGGCCACUCGCAAUACUAGCCAUGGAGAUCCGCCGACAGACCCAGGAGCAGGCAACCCCAGCGCAGAUUACCGCUUACUUUGACUUCAAGCAUGCUCAGGCGGAGAAGCGAAUUCCUACUGAAAAGCUCCACUACUUUACCGAAAACCCCGGGAAUGAUUUCCUUGUGGCCUACAACGACCUUACGGUCCUCGAUGUUCGCGAAAAGGCGGACUUUGGCCCUGCCGUGGCGAGACAGGGCAACUUAGACUCGACGCGCGUAAAUGCCCCUUGCACGCCGACCAUUUUUAUGCAGAAGCGUCUCGGGAUAUCACACACAAUAUCAGGUCAGCUGCGUCUUCCUUACAUAGUCUGUAGUGGAAGGGACGCUUUUGGGAACUAUAUUCUCGACGGGGUCUUAUCAAGGCAUACGUGGGAUUUGAUAGAGCAAGGCUUUGAGUGCAGUGAAACCAUAUAG